UUGCAUCUCAUUCGUGAUCCAAGAGGAAUGACUUUGUCAAAACUAAAGGCUUGGGCUCCCGAUGUCAUUAAAAAGAUGAAAGCAGAAGACAGAUCUGUCUUUGAUGUUCAGGAUUUACCUUCUGACUGGUAUUCUGGUUUAGAUGAUUGGUGUAAAGCUUGGAUAAAAGAUGCAAGUAUUGGGCAACAGAUGGUAUCAAAAUAUAUGGCAGUAAGAUACGAAGAUAUAUCAAUGAUGCCAUUGAUGACAACAAGAGAAAUAUACGACAGACUUGGUUUAGGUGAGGUUUCAGAACACGUUGUAAACUGGUUAAAUGAACAUACAAAGGAAUCAAGGGGUGAUAAGUACUCGGUCUCUCGAAACUCAAUGUUAAACGCAGAGAAUUGGCGUCGAGAUAUGACGUAUAUGCUUGCAAAGCAAAUUCAAGAUAUGGAAAAUUGUGGCAAGUUUCUAGAUACAUUUGGUUAUAUUAAAGUAAAACGUCCCCAGGAUCUUACAAACUCAAGUUUGUCGCUAAGUGGACAGAAGCAUUAAUUCUUAAGAACAUGAUACUUCAUUCAUUUAUAGACAUAUUAUCCUAUCAUUGUUAUCAUAUCAUGAACAUCAUUAUCAUAACCACCAUCAUCAUAUCACCCGUGUCAUUAGUGGCAGCAGUGGACUAGCAGCAGUAAUAAUAGUAUGUAGUACUAAGGUAAGGUAGUGGUGGUAAUAGUAGU